AUGCGGGAGGUGAAGCUGGAGCCCGACGUCAUCAGCUAUGGUGCUGGGAUUAGCGCGUGCGAAAAGGCCGAGCAGUGGCAGCCGGCGCUAGCGCUGCUGAGCGAGAUGUGGGAGGUGCAAUUGGAGCCCGACAUCAUUUGCUGCAAUGCUGGGACCAGCGCUUGCGAGAAGGGAGAGCAGUGGCAGCUGGCGCUGGCGCUGUUGAGCGAGAUGUGGGAGGCGCAAGUGGAGCCCGACUCAGCUACAGCGCUGGGAUCAGCGCAUGCGAGAAGUGCGAGCAGUGGCAGCCAGCGCUGGCGCUGCUGA